AACGUUUCCAGUACCAUUGUGGGUGGAUUAAGGGUAUUAAAAUGAGCUGUAAAUCCUAUCAAAAUAUCCUCUAUUGGCCUUUGCUUCAAAUACUGGAAAUCGUUCAGCUCAUUAUAAAAAUUGCACUUUGUUUCGGCGUUUCGAUGAUUCAACGACAGCAUAGUUGGGUAUUAAAUUAACGCAUGAUUCAUACUUAUAUCAUAACUAUGAUAUAUCAAUUUUACUCUCUAUCUGAACUAGUGAAGUGAGACGCAAAAUCGGCUGCAUCCGUUAAAUAAAUAUUUUGUAAUAGUAUCAAAUAGAAAAAUUAUUUAUGAUUUAUGACUGACUGAAGUCUAUCGCCGGGACCGGGACUGUCCCGGCUAAACCGGGACGUAUGCAGUCUAUAUAUUAUCCAAAAAGUAAUAUACAUAACGGAACAAGAGUAUGACGGCCUCUGUUCUACAAGCCGUUGUGGUCUUUUUAUUUUGCUUAUCGGCUGGUCUAGCUUUGAUAUGCGACCGAUGUGAGAAUAGCCCUGAAAUCUGUAAAAAUUCGAAAAAAACUGAGGAUUGCAGUCAGUAUGGUUCAGAUCAGGUCUGCGCAAACUUCUAUUAUUGGAGCAAUGGAAAAGCACAUUCUGAGAAAAAAUGUUAUCAAAGAAAAGCUUGUGAGAGACAAGCGGAGCAGGAAGAUAAUUUCUGUGGAGAUAACGAUGGAAAAGACAAACCAUGUCGUUGUUGCUGCACUAAAUACAGAUGCAAUAGAUUAGAAAAAGGAUGUGUUACUGAAUCAAAAUGCAUAAAACCAAAACAACCAACCGUUGGAACUUACGAUUGCCCGAGAAAUCUGAGACUGGGAGCUAUAUGCAAUUUUACUUGUCCUCUUGGAUAUGAUCUGCUAGGAUCAAAAACAAUACGAUGUGGCAUACAGAGUACGGGUAAACUGGGCUGGCUUAACUUGGGACAGAGAUGUAAGAAGAUACGAUGCCCUGUGAUUGAACCACUGGGAAACGGUACAGUAACUUGCGCCAACAAAGAAAAAUAUAGGGGACUGCCUGAUUUUGUGUAUCUGGGAACAAUCUGCAAUUUCAAAUGUGAUCCUGGCUAUAAACUUCAAGGCGCAAAAAGGACGGAAUGUUUGCGGUCGAAUAAAUGGACCAAGAAAGCCCCGAAAUGCAUUCCUGAUCCAUGUGACUGGUUUCCCUCUAGCAGUAAUCGAGACCAUACGUGUACAAAUGGUAAUAUGCUUGCGAGCAAAUGCACAUUCAAAUGCGCACCUGGCUAUAAACUGAUUGGUAAUAAGCAGAUUCAAUGUGUUGGGGAUCCUAAAGAUUCAAGGGUGAGAGAAUGGGACAAAGAGCCCCCUAAAUGUGUGAGUGUGAAGUGUCAACCUGAGCAAGAAGAUCCUAUCAACGGAAAAGUCGAAUGUACGAACGAAAACUUUGAGCAUAGUGUUUGUACAUUUACUUGUGAUAAAGGUUACGAUUUGGAUGAUACAGCUAAAAACUCAUUUGACACAAAAUGCGUGGAUGAUGGAGAUGGCGACAACUUGGGCGAGUGGACCGAGAAGCCUAAAACAUGCACGAAAAUCAAAUGUCAACCAGUAUUGAAAAAACCGAUUAAUGGCACUAUAAAAUGUACUGAUAAAAAUAAUUUAGAUUCAGUAUGUACAUUCAAAUGCAACCCCGGCUAUGAUCUGGUUGGUACCACACAAACACUCGUUACAUCAAAGUGUGGAAAUGAUUUUGAUGGUAACAGUGUUGGCGAAUGGAGCUUGAAAACACCGCCGAAAUGUGAAAAAAUUAUUUGCAAUCCGCCCCAUGUUGACCCCGAAAACGGAAAAGUGACAUGCACUGAUUUCAAUUUUCUUGGUAGUGUCUGUACUUUUAGAUGUAAUGCUUUCUAUGACGUUGAUGGAACAACAAAAGAUUUUCAUAUUUCGGAAUGCGUCAAAGAUAAAUCAGCCAGUGGGACUGCAGUUGGAAAAUGGAAUCCGGGACCAGCUACUUGUUCUCCAAAAAAAUGUCGUCCAGUCCGAAAACCGGUUGACGGUAAAUUUAAAUGCACUUCUGAUAACUUUGUUGAGAGCACUUGUACGUUCCGUUGCGAUCCUGGAUUUGAAUUAAUCGGAAGCUGGAGUAUCACAUGUCGCGAUCAAAAAUUAGACGGAGACAAUGUUGCGGAAUGGUCUGCCAGAGAACCAGAGUGCAGUAAAAUUUUCUGUAAUAGACAGGAUCAAGAUGACACAGUAACACGUGUGUGCGAUCCAGUUGGAGGUAAAGUAUUUGUAGUUGGCACUGUCUGUACGUACAAGUGCAAAAACGAAGGUCAUUACAUGGUGCCGUUUGGAAAACCCGAUGAGGUAGUAACCACUGGAUCAUUGGACGUUGAAUGUCGUACCAGUAAACGAUGGUCUGAAGGGGCCCCUACUUGUGUUCCAAUCAAAUGUCGACCCUUAAAAACUCCCGAAUUUGGCCACGCUCCAAAAUGCUCUAAUUCCAGGUGGUAUCAGUCCUCAUGCUCCUUCAGUUGUCGUUCCACAUAUGCACUAACGCACGAAGAACCACUGGUAUGCGAAAGUGACGGAGACAAUUCUGAUAAAACGGGAAAAUGGAGUAGAGAGGAACCGACUUGCAAAAAGAACCAAUGCGAACUAUUUGGACGAGUCAACAACGGCGUCAUUUCAUACACUGAUAAACAAAAAAUCGGCUCACUCGCUAAACUCAAAUGCAACCCCGAUUAUACAUAUAAACAAUUCCAAGAUGCGGAAUGUCUAGACUCAGGUCCAACCAGGAGCGUUCCGGACUGGAGCAGAAGAGAAAACGUUUGUUGCGUGAGAUGCCUUUUCAACAAGAGAUUGAAAAUUGUUUCAGUAAUCGAUGAAACCAUUGGAAAUAGUGAAGAAAAUUGGGAAAGUAUCGCAACGUGGCAUUUUUACAUAAUUGAACAUUUAUUCACCAAUGGAUAUGAUGUCAACUUUGGAAUGGUUUUGUAUAACACAAAGGUUAAUACUGAAACAUCAACGAGGCUAAACAAGCUCAAAAGAUACAGCGAUGUUGAAGACGUACAAUACGAGAUUUUAGAUAAAACACAUGGCGGAGUUGGAUCAAACACUGGUGCAGCAUUGGACUAUACUAUGUCCAAAUAUUUCCACCGGAAGACGAAAGAAGAGCCAUACGUCAUUUUACUCAAAAGCGAUACUUCUUCUGAUGAUGAAAUGGAACCAGCUGAAAAGAUCAGAAAUGCGGACAUCAAUUUGAUGGCGCUCGGAUUCAAAUCCGGAAAUUGGAGGGCGAAACAAAAAAAACUAGCUGCCAUCACUGGAGUAGAUGAGAAUGCUCUCAUGAUCAGUGAUUUGAGAGACAUCAACAGAGUAGCAGAAGUCAUAACGGAAAUCACGAAAGCACGAGGAUGCGACUCGUCCAGCAGAAAUCAGCCUUGCAGUAUGGCGGCCUCUGUUCUACACGUCGUUGUGGUCUUUUUAUUUUGCCUAUCGGCGGGUCUAGCUUUGAUAUGCGACCGAUGUGAGAAUGACCCUGAAAUCUGUGCAAAAUCGAAAAAAACUGAGGAUUGCAGUCAGUAUGGUUCAGAUCAGGUCUGCGCAAACUUCUUUUAUUGGAGUAAUGGAAAACCACAUUCUGAGAAAAGAUGUUAUCAAAGAACAGCUUGUGAAAGACAAUCGGAGCAGGAAGAUAAUUUUUGUGGAGAGAACGAUGGAAACGACAAACCAUGUCGUUGUUGCUGCACUAAAAACAGAUGCAAUAGAUUAAGAAAAGGAUGUGUUACUGAAUCAAAAUGCAUCAAACCAAAAAAACCAACCGUUGGAACUUACGAUUGCCCGAGAAAUCUGAGACUGGGAGCUGUAUGCAACCUCACUUGUCCUGUCGGAUAUGAUCUGCCGGGACAAAAAAUAAUACGAUGUGGCAUACAGAGUACGGGUAAACUGGGCUGGCUUAACUUGGGACAGAGAUGUAAAAAAAUACGAUGCCCUGUGAUUGAACUUCUUGGAAACGGUACAGUAACUUGCGCCAACAAAAGGAAGUAUAGACGACUACCCGAUUUUAUUUAUCUGGGAACAAUCUGCAAUUUCAAAUGUGAUCAUGGCUAUAAACUUGAAGGUGCAAAAAGAACGGAAUGUUUGCGGUCGAAUAAAUGGACCAAGAAAGCCCCCAUAUGCAUUCCUGAUUCAUGUGACUGGUUCUCUAUUAGCAGUAAUCGUGACCAUACGUGUACAAAUGGUAAUAUGCUUGCGAGCAAAUGCAUAUUCAAAUGCGCACCUGGCUAUAUACUGAUUGGUGAAAAGCAGAUUCAAUGUGUUGAAGAUUCAAGGGUGAAAGAAUGGGACAAAGAGCCUCCUAAAUGUGUGGGCGUGAAGUGUCAACCUGAGCAAGAAGAUCCUAUCAACGGAAAAUUUGAAUGUACGAACAAAAACCUUGAGAAUAGUGUUUGUACAUUUACUUGUGAUAAAGGUUAUGAUUUGGAUGAUACAGCUAAAAACUCAUUCGACACAAAAUGCGUGGAUGAUGGAGAUGGCGACAACUUGGGCGAGUGGACCGAGAAGCCUAAAACAUGCACGAAAAUCAAAUGUCAACCAGUAUUGAAAAAAACGGUUGAUGGCACUAUAAAAUGUACUGAUAAAAAUAAUUUAGAUUCAGUAUGUACAUUCAAAUGCAACCCCGGCUAUGAUCUAGUCGGUACCAAACAAACAUUCGUUACAUCAAAAUGUGGAAAUGAUUUUGAUGGUAACAGUGUUGGCGAAUGGAGCUUGAAAACACCGCCGAAAUGUGAACGAAUUAUUUGCAUACCAUACGAAUUAUUUGAUCCCCCGAAUCGAAAAGUGACAUGUACUGAUUCCAAUUUUCUUGGUAGUGUCUGUACUUUUAGAUGUAAUGCUUUUUAUGACGUUGAUGAGACCACGAAAAACUUCCAUAUUUCACAAUGCGUCAAAGAUAAGUCAGCCAGUGGGACUGCAGUUGGAAAAUGGGAUCCAGAACCGGCUACUUGUUCUCCAAUAAAAUGUCGUCCCGUCCGAAAACCGGUUGACGGUAAAUUUAAAUGCAGUUCUGAUAAUUUUGUUGAGAGCACUUGCACGUUCCGUUGCGAUUCUGGAUUUGAAUUAAUCGGAAGAAGCAGUAUCACAUGUCGCGAUCAAAAAGCAGACGGAGACAAUGUUGCGGAAUGGUCUGCCAGAGAACCAGAGUGCAGGAAUAUUGUCUGUUCACCACAAACACACGAUAAUACAGUAACGCGUGUGUGCAAACCAGUUGGAGGUAAAGUAUUUGUAGUUGGCACUGUCUGUACGUACAAGUGCAAAAACGAAGGUCAUUACAUGGUGCAGUUUGGAAAACCCGAUGAGGUAGUAACCACUGGAUCAUUGGAGGUUGUUAAAUGUCCUACUAGUAAACUAUGGUCUUCAGGUGCCAUAACUUGUGUUCCAAUCCAAUGUCGACUAUUAAAAACUCCCGAAUUUGGCCACGCUCCAAAAUGCUCUAAUUCCAGGUGGUAUCAGUCUUCAUGCUCCUUCAGUUGUCGUUCCACAUACGCACUAACGCAUGAAGAACCACUGGUAUGCGAAAGCGACGGAGACAAUUCUGAUAAAACGGGAAAAUGGAGUAGAGAGGAACCGACUUGCAAAAAGAACCAAUGCGAACUAUUUGGACGAGUCAACAACAGCGUAAUUUCAUAUACUGAUGAACAGAGAAUUGGCUCACUCGCUAAACUCAAAUGCAAUCCAGGUUAUACCUAUAAACAAUUACAAGAUGUGGAAUGUCUAGACUCGGGUCCAACCAGGAGCGUUCCGGUCUGGAGCAGAAGCGAAAACGUUUGUUGCGUCAGAUGCCUUUUCAACAAAAGAUUGAAAAUUGUUUCAGUAAUCGAUGAAACUAUUGGAAAUAGUCAAGUAAUUUGGGAAAGUAUUGCAGCGUGGCAUUUUUACAUAAUUGAACGUUUAUUCAUCAAUGGAUACGAUAUCAACUUUGGAAUGGUUCUGUAUCACACAAAGGUUAAUACUGAAACUUCAACGAGGCUAAACAAGCUCAAAAGAUUUAGCGAUGUUGAAGACAUUCAAGACCAGCUUUUAGAUAAAACACAUGGCGGAAUUGGAUCAAACACUGGUGCAGCAUUGGACUAUACUAUGUCCAAAUAUUUCCACCGAAAGACGAAAGAAGAGCCAUACGUCAUUUUACUCAAAAGCGAUACUUCCUCUGAUGAUGAAAUGGAACCAGCUCAGAAGAUCAGAAAUGCGGACAUAAAUUUGAUGGCGCUCGGUUUCAAAUCCGGAAAUUGGAGAGCGAAACAAAAAAAACUAGCUGCCAUCACUGGAGUAGAUGAGAACGCGAUCAUGAUCAGUGAUUUGAGAGACAUCAACAGAGUAGCAGAAGUCAUUACAGAAAUCACAAAAGCACGAGGCUGCGACUCGUCCAGCAGAAACCAGCCUUGCUCUUAACUGCAAUUUCAUGUAUACCGGAGUCCACAGUUUUCAAGGAUUGAAUUCACUACCCACGUUUCGAUUGAUUAGAUUAGGUACAAUUAAUUGAUAUUUUGAUCACAAUUGCUGAUUCUGUCAGGAUUGAUUUUCACCCUGUAUUUCAUUGCAAAACUGGUUUAUAAUAAUUGACAAUGUAAAGAAGAAAACGUAUGAUCUAAACAGUGAUUAACUUUUACCAACAAUAAUAUAGGAUACUGGUGUCAAGCAGACAAUGUUAUAUUUGCAUGUUUAUUGCUAUGUAUUGCUUAAAGGAGAUUAUCGUGAUAUGUUUUGGCACAGCACUAAUAAUUCGAAGCGUUAAAUAUACAAUAAAUAUGAAAAUAACACCCGUACUUUAAAUUUAAUCGACUUUGAAUUCGGCUUACUAAAAUAUUUGCUCCGCAUUUGUGCCGGAGGCAAAAGGCUUAUUCCUAUAUGAUAGUGAUAUAUGGAUAUUAUUUAAUCACGAUAUCGCUUGGUUAGUUUACAGUAAAUAUCCGACAAAGUACAUUCUAGCAGUGUAAUUUGUGUUAGAGCGUACAAACACAUGACUACCAUUAUCUACUCUGCAUAAUAACUUUCAUUUUAAAUUUUGAAACAAAGGCAACAUUGUUCCGAUUCCUCUGAUAUAGCGAUUACUUUAGGACUCGUAAUACCU